GCUCGAAAUCCAACGGCUUAUAAGCCUCAUUCAGCCCUUUAUAUUUAUCUCAACCAGCCACUUCGCCAUCUCCUUUCUUUCUCGUGCUCUCUGAGGUUUAUUGUCCAGGGAUUCGGAUUCCUGCAAAAGAGAAAAGCCCGUUUCAAGGAUCAAAAUGGUUCUCCAAAACGAUAUCGAUUUGCUUAACCCACCAGCAGAGCUUGAGAAGAGGAAGCACAAGCUCAAGCGUCUUGUUCAGUCCCCCAAUUCCUUUUUCAUGGAUGUGAAGUGCCAGGGUUGCUUCAACAUAACAACAGUGUUUAGCCACUCCCAAACAGUUGUGGUGUGCGGGAACUGCCAGACAGUGUUGUGCCAACCAACUGGGGGUCGUGCCAAGCUUACAGAGGGAUGCUCGUUCAGGAAGAAGAGCGAGUGAAGACAAUGAUAAUUUACUGCCUCUUUAUUUCUUCCUGCCCUGUUCGGUAAAAUUUUUGGAGUUGUUUCUCAGGCAUGAUGAUGAUGAAUUGCAAACAGGGGUUUUGAUUUUGAUGUUUAAUCGUCUUAGGUCCUCUAUGACUAUAUGAUUUUGGAUUUGAUGCACUGAGAAAUGUUCUCAAUAUCAAUUUAAGUCUAUUAUUUAGAUUUUGAAUGA